AUGCAAAGAGUGGGUAGCCUGGAGCACAACAAGCGCGGGCUAGUGCAGAAUCCGGUCUGGGACGGUCACGAUCUUUUCAAGGGAAGAAUUGCCAUCUAUCGGAACACCCAGGUCGUUUUCACAUUUGUCGAUGUCGAGAUACCUAAAGACCUCCGUGGAAAAGUCUCCAAUAAAACGCACCUCGGUCUAUCGAUGUUCGACAAUGCCAUCUCUACCUUUGGCGGGAAGGUACCCACAGCGGAGUCUUCGUCUGCUAUAGACGUUCUACUUGACUUUAAACCAGAUCUGUAUACUUAUACCUGGAAUUUCCGCUGGAAUACAACCAUGUAUGCCAACUGGAAUGGUGCGACUGAUGUUGAGCCAUGGAGAAUUUACGGUAGUCCGUCAGAGUACGGUCUCUUUGAGGAAACAGCCUUUGCGGGCAAGGAUUGUUUCGAGACCAGAGCCAUGGCUCCGUUCUUCGCCGAUCAUGCUUAA